UUGAUAAAUAUCGAAUACGAAACUUAUUAUAAAACUAGCUUCAAAUAGUUAAAUGUAGGUCAUGUUGUCAUUUUGUGAAUUUCGUCAGUUGACAGUUCGAGUAGAAUUAUUCAUGUAGAAGGGGCAUUGCCGAAGGUGGCAUUAUAAAGAAAGAUGUCUGAUAAAUCGAGUGAUUUAGAAGAAGAUUGGGCAAUUGUUGAUAAAGAUGGGGAGUUAGAGGUUAGUGAUGAUGGUUCAAGCAGCAGUUGUUCUCUAGAGGUCGUCAAUCUAGAUACAGAGGUUGUGGCUUUUACUAACCGAAGAUCAUCAGAACGCUCAGUUUCACCAACCUUAGCAGGGGAUAAUGAAUCUAAAAAGUCAGAACCAACAAUUGAAUCUGGUGAAAAUUCGAAUACCGCUAAAACAAGUUUACCAGAAAGUCUAGAUCAUCCAGAUAGCUUAUGCUCUGAUGAUAGGCUUAGUGAAGCCGAUGCUGCAGCAAUAAUGGCGGACAUUGCUCACGUAUCGAGCAUGGGACCUGUUAUUGAAGAAGGACUUCUAGAUGGUAGCACCGGGAGUUCGAUGUCAAGUAUUGCCCAGUUAAAAGAUGAAGAAGAGUCAUCGACCAGCAGUCGAUCAAGUUUCACAGCGUUAAAACCUGAUUCUGAUGAUGAAAAAGGUAUUCAGGAGUUAUCUUCCUUGAUUAGUUCUUCCAACAACCCGACGUCAAACGUUGAAGAACAACAAACAGGGGAAGUAGUAAUGGAAGCCGUUGUUGGACUGAGUGGUUUAAGUGAGAAGAAUAUUUCUGAUGUUUCCGACAACAACAGUGAUACAGAUUCUGAUUUUAUACGGCUUGAAGUAUCAGAAAGUCUGGAUGUUGACAACCUGUCAUCUGAUCAGUCAGCCAUGACGUCUUCAUCCGUCAGUUCAAGAUUUAGUUUUAUGAGUCGAGAAAAUUCUCCACCUGAACCAGAUCAUGUUGACGAUGUUGAAGUUCCAGAUAUCCCUGUUGAACAGCCAGCACCAGAUAAUCAAGAUGGUGAUAUCCAUGGUAACGAGGAUCAUCAACAUGAGGAGGAGGAGGAUCAGGAAGAUGAUGACCAUGAUGAUGAUCACCAUGGUGACAUACCAGCAGAAAUUGAAGAAAUACAGGAUGCAAGCACGGAAUCAGAAAUCGAUGAUGAGGAAAACGCUAGGAUCGAAAGUGAUCAAAGUGAUGUUAGUUCUAUUCCUGCGUUAGAUGAUGACAUGUCGUUUGUCAAUGACAUCGGUGAUCUUCCCUUAGUGGCAGGUGAUGUCGCACGGCAGUAUGUUCACAAUCCUAAUCGUCAUCUCAAUUUAAAGUUAGAUAUUUUCGCUAUACUAAUGUUUACUAUUGUGGUGGGACUCGGCAUCGGACAUUAUAUUGCCACGUUUGAUGAGAUAGAUGCAUAUGAUUCUAUUCACAACUCAAUGAAGAAUAUGAUAUCUCAAUGUGAAGGUCAGAGGUUUGAACAGACACGAACAUUGAACAAUCUAAAUAAGGAAUAUGAUCUAUUGAUGCAGAAAUUCCAUCAGAGUCGCAGGGAUUUAGAAAGACUUCGAUUACAAAACGCAGCCCUUUAUAAAGAAAUAGACUCAAAAAACACUGACAAGGAAAAGGCAGAGGAAAAGGAAACUUUGAGGCUUUAUUUGAAAAAACAAAUCAACCAAUUAGAAACAGAGAACCAGGAAUUGAAGCAAGCGAUUGGUCGAUUGAAAUACAUGAUCCAUCCAGCCAAUGACAUAUCAGAAACCAGUCAACCUCAGUUCGUUAAGAAGGAAUCAUGUGAUCGAUCUGUUGUUAAAGUCCCGGUAGAGAAAGAAUCGCAUACAUCAGACUUUUCAUUAGACGAUUUAGAAUCGAUGCACGAUGCAGCUGCGUUAGAUAAUUUGUUGCUGAAACAGGAAAUUGGGAAGUUGAGGUAUACCAAACAUCCCGGGAAUCGGGAACAUGUUGAAGAUGAAUCAGAUCAACCCAUUCCGGGAGAUAAAGAAUGUAUGAAGUCAGAUAGUUGCGAUCCUUUAGAAUCAAUCCUUGAUGUUGCAGAUAAAACCGAUCAACCCGUAAAUCAUGAGAAUGAGGGACCAGCAGAUUUAAGAUUGGAUGAUUUGUGGGUUCAAAAUAAAGAUUUAAUCAAGGUGAGGAAUGAACUAGAGGAAAAGAAAAUAGAACUUCAACAAUUUCAGGAGAAAUAUGAAACGUUGGAAUCACAGACUGUCAUCAACUCAACAAACUGUCUGACGUAUUUACUCACAAAUCUCAGUAUGGCUGACAUCAUAUCACAGCUAGACUCGGACAUGCUCGACAAGUUCCUUAAUGUUUCAUUUUUCAUAGCGAACGACGUGAAAGGAUCCGUGACAGAUUUUACGACAAUAAUUCUAGAAGAGAUGACAAAAUCAGGUGAAGAUUUUUUUGACUCGAUAAGCGAGGUCAAGAAAACUUUUGAAAAAACUGCAGAAACAGGUGAUGGUUUGGGCGAAAAGGAAAUGAAUCAGUCAGAAACAGAGAAUUCCAACAACACAGAAGAAAGGAACAGUAAAUCGGCUCCAAACGUUAAAUGGUCAGAAAACAUCAAAGAGAUCAUGAAUAAAACGCGUAAUAAAAUGACGAAUGUCAGCCAACAGAUCAAAGAUACGUGGUUACAGGUUAAAAAUCUCUCUGUUAAAUUCUUGACCCAACACGAACCAGCUGUUUCAAACACUCUCAACAAAAUAACCGAUAGAGUGGUGAAUUUUGGGCAGAAAAUUAAAAAUAAAAUUCAAAGAAAGGUCAAAAGAUGGUACAGAAUGUCUAAAAAACAACCAAAUCCCAGCAGAAGUCCGUCAAAGAAGUACGUAAAGGAAAAUGUUCGAAAGACAGAAAAGCAGAAGCGUGAAGAGCAGUAUACAAAAACUCCUAGUGAAAAGAACCACAAAAAUUCCACAAAGAAAGAUAAAAAACAACAAAAGAAAAACAAUGAAAGGCUUAGGAAAGAUGAGAGACAACGAAUUAAAAUUCUUCAAAAACAACAGAAGGAAUUUGCUAAAGCAAAAAACAAAUCAUUGAAAAAAUUCAAAAAAUUUCAAAACAAAAUUUUAAAGAUAAAUGAAAAACAUUUUAAAAAAAUGAACAGUGAUUCUAAGUCUUCCUUAUUAGGUUAUGUCAGGGAAACAAGCAGACUUCUGAUUGGUUUAGAGUUAGAUGGGGAUGUUACACUGUGGUUUGAUUGUCAGAUGCUGUUUUGGAGUAAUCAGGUUGAUAUGGAAACGCUAAAAAAGGAGUCGAUAGUGCAAUGCGAAGACAGACUGCAGUCAUGGCAGACAGAAAUGCUGGAGGACAAGAUAGUAGAACAAGAUGGCUUAGGGAUGGAGGCAGAUAUCCCAGAAUCCAAAGAGAGUUUCCAUGGAAACAAUGGUAACCAUGGUGAUGUUAAAGAUAAUGAUCACACUGAACAAGAUCUACAUGAGGUAAAUGAUGAUGGUGACGACAACGGUGAAGAUGAUUGGUAUGAAAAGCUUGAAACGUAUCCAGAACCUCGACCUGAUUGGUUAUUUAAAAGAGCACAUAAUCGUGAGGAUAUCCGAAAACAGGAAAGUCAGCCUGAUUGGAUUUUCGAUAGAGCUAACCACCGUAAAGAUAUUAGGCAGCAUGAAAGUGAACCAGAUUGGGUUUUCGAUAGAGCGCAUCAUCGUGAAGAUAUUAGGCAGCAUGAAAGUGAACCAGAUUGGGUUUUCGAUAGAGCGCAUCAUCGUGAAAAUCUCAGACAGCAGGAAACUGAACCAGAUUGGAUUUUCAAUCAAGCUCACCACCGCAAAAAUAGGCGAGACCACCAUAGGGAAUCUGACUGGAUGUUUGAUCAAGCUAAUAAUCGUAAAGAGAAGCGAGAGUAUAGACAACGUCAUCCAGCCACAUUUCGACCAAAUACACGAAGUGAUCAUUUUUUUGAUGGAGAAGUUGAUUUUGAUCUUUUCUAAUUGGUGCUUUUUGAUCUAGCAAAUUAUAUUUACCUAUAUUCCUGUUCAAUUUAAUAAUAAUAAUAAGUCUACCAAUUUAAUUUCUCUUAAAAUAUUUAAAUUGUUUAAAGUCUGAACGUCAAUUGAGUAUUUUAAAUCCCUUGUAAAUUACAAUAUUUUGACAGUUAAAUCUCUAAAAGGAAGAUCAGCCCAAAGAUGGGUAAAUUCUGUUCAGUAUUUGCAAAGUCAUGAUAAUUUGAAAAAUUGAAAGUAUUCUACAUCCUCUGCCGACGUUAUAAAUAAUGGGAUAUGGUCUAAACAAGCCAGCGCCACUUAUAGUUUUCACUAAAAUAUUUGGUAGGUCUCUUUUUUAAUCUGAUUUCGAUUAAUUUUAAAUGAUCAAUGAGUAUAUUUAGGUGUGGAUGAAGCCAUGAAAAAUUAUACAUUGUCAGAAAAAUACAAAUGAUGAUUUUGACUUUAAAUAUUAUUAUGGUCUCUCUUCUAUUGGGCUAACCAUGCAAAUAAUUGUUAAUCACCAACAAGAAUUCUGAGAUUAGUUAUUCAAGUUACAUUCUAUUGAAAUGUUUCUCAAAUGCUUUAAUCCUUUUUUAGGCCAAAUUACUUAAUUUCUGUUUUCCGUAUAAUAUCUAGAUAUUGAGGUUUAAGGUGACUUUUUGUUCGUUCUCUAGUAGUGAUAUUUUAGGCUUGCCCCAUCUGUGUUAAAAGUUUGACUGGUGCUUUAAUUUGUAUAAAUCAGGUUUUCGGUAAUAGUUUUUGAUAUUUCCAAUAGUCUUUAAAAUGAAUAGACAACUUUGAUUUUUGUAACAAAAUAACAACAAAAGUGUUGAUUUAGUUCAAUUAGUUGUGUUGAUAUGUUUUGUGAAGUGGGUAUACAUGAAUGUCUAUGUGUAUACAGUAUGUUCACAGAUAGAACCAAAGGCUAAAUUUGCGUUCAACUGCUAUUAGUUUAGACUGGAUAACUUGAUCUAAUAUGUCACAUUGGCUCCUAUUUCACACCUUUUCUGAUUUGCUUGAUAAGAGACUAUAGUAUCCGCAUCAAUUUGUGAUCUAAUAAGUAACAAUCACUGCUACUGAUAUCUAUAUACAUGUACAGACGUCAGAAUUCCUUUCAUUAACACUAUAGUAUCUUCGUCAAAAUGCUGCAUAGUAAUUGAGUAUCCAUAAAAUUCUACUUUCAAUUACUAAAUUCCUAUGAAAGAAGUUAGGAAAAAGAUGCAUGGCAAUUAUUUCUUGCUUUAUAGUAUUUUCAUCAUUAGUGAUUGAUUUAAAAAGUUUCUAUUAACCGUUAUGUACUGUAAAGUACCUUUUUACGUUUGAUAUUCUUUAUAAAGAUCAAAGGACCGAGUCAGACUAGUGAAUUUAUCUUGAGGUUUUACAAAUCCUUUCAUGUAAACGGAACUAUAUGUCCUAUAUGUUAAAGAUUUCUUAGCCCAGUUGGAGCAGAAUAGUAGGACGUUAAAUCCAAUUUCAUUUCAUUUCUUAUCCUAUUGAAAAAUCCCAAAGUAUGGUACAUACCGUAUUCAAAUAAGAUUUAUCCUACAAACUGACCUGGGGAUCACGUGGCUAAGUGGGUAAGGCGCUGGCUCGCUAGCCUGGAGGUCGGGUGUUCGAUCCCUGCAUUGGCCGAGAAAGUUCAUCCAGAUUUUCCGGCAUGGUUCUCCCUUGUCAGUGAUGCAGGAUGGAGGGGCUGACAAAGAAAGCUGUCUAGUCGUUCGGAUGGGACGAAAACCGAGGUCCCGUGUACACAUUGGCGUGCACGUAAAAGAUCCCUUGGCAGUUGGAAUUCGAUAUAAGAGUAGGCCGUAGUGCCGCUGUCUGGGCAAAAUUUCCCUCAUAGGACACUGUAUGGCGUAUGCCCGUCUUCAUUAGCCCAGGUUAAGAGAAGAACAGUAGGACGUUAAACUCCAUUUCAUUUCAUUUCAUUUCACAAACUGACCAAUGCGUCAAACUCAAUCAGGACAACACCGAGAACAAUAACCUACAGGGGUUAUCCAUUUAAACAUGUCCUAGGAUUUGUCUUAAUGAAUCAAUUUGUCCAAUCAAUUUGUCUUAUAGGUUAAAGGUUGUUGGGCACCUGAUAGAAGAAGUCUCAUUCAAGUAAGAAUUGUGCUACAAAUGGAUUAGCACUUGUUCUAAAAUCUAUUGACGGGGAACUCGGCCAAGAAUGACCUAUAGGACCUGUCUUUCAAGACUUCUCCAAGGAUUUGGCUUAAAGGAUCAAUCCACUAGUGUAACUUAGCCUUAAAGGAUCAAUCCACUAGUGGGAAUCUGUCUUAAAGGAUCAAUCCACUAGUGGGACUCUGUCUUAAAGGAUCAAUCCACUAGUGGGACUCUGUCUUAAAGGAUCAAUCCACUAGUGGGACUCUGUCUUAAAGGAUCAAUCCACAAGUGGGAAUCUGACAGUUCCUUAAGGACUCUUCCCCAAGCCCCCUUCCAUAUUUUCAUGAGUGUAUAACUGUAGAUAGAUUAAUAAAAACUAAGAUGUAUCUAAUUUUGUGAUAAUUAAAACUUGUGAUUUCUUUUAAUGUACAUAUAAAAUAAUAUAUCUAUGGUUAAUUGUUAAAUAUAUGUAAAUAAUCUGAUAACUGUGUGGAUUUUGACAACAUUUUAUAUUGAUGUGAUUAAAACAAGAGUUGUUUCCCUUAGACUGUAGCACCCUGGAAAGCUAAAGGGGGUUAACCUUGAUAAAACAAUGCAUAUUAUCCGGUUGGUUUAAAAUGCCUGCUUGCGCAUUGCUUUCUAUAUCAUAUAUAGACCUGAUGUAUAUACACAUAGCGCUCAGAGUGCAUUAGUUUUUAAGGUCGCGGUCAGGUAGUCUUUUUAAACCUAUUAGUUAGGCUAUAGUCUAUUUGUAUGUCCUCAAACUACUAGUAAUUCUCUCCUCAGUGAAUUCAGUUCUACCAAUCUGAUUAAAACACAGAUACUUUCGUUUUUAUAGUUCAAAAUUUCGUGUUACUUGUCAUGUAGUGUAGGCCAUCAAACGUAUAAAAAAAACGAAACGAAAUAUAGAUCUGUAUAUUAAUCAGAUUGCAGUUCUACAGGCUAUUGCACAAUUUUAUUUUUUUCGGUUGUUGGGGGGGGGGGGGGGGGAUUUCCCUAUUAUAUAAAUGUUUACUUUCUGAUGUCCUUCCGCUUCAAAAUUACGAAUAUGCACCAAAACCAUUUGAUUAUAAUCCCACAAGUUAACACUUAUUGCAACAAGGUUGCUGGUGAGUUAGGGUGGUAAAAUUGACAUAACUGAAGUCAGGAGGAUGAAUUACUAGUCUGAAACCUAUAUCAAAUGUGAAUAUUGUAUUAUUGUAUGAAUUAGGUAGGAGUUAAUUAAGUAAGCAGCAGGAAUGGAUAGACAAGACUAUUUCUUGUAAAGGCCUAUAUAUACAUGUAUUUAUUUUCAACAAAAAAAGUAAGGGUAAUCUCUGGGCUAAUUUUAGGCUAAAAUAGACUAUUUCUUAUAUGUAUAUAUGUAAACAAUUUCUAAUAACUACGUUUUGUUCAGGUGCCAAACCUCCAUGUUUUUUUCAAUACCAGUAUUGGAUUUAUUUAUUUAUCCUGCUUCGUUUUACAAAAAAUAAAUCUUGCCAAAGAUAAACCUACUGACCCGACACGAUUCUACUGUGAAAUAUCUGACUACUUACUUCCUUUCAUGGCCUUCUUGAGCAUCAGUAAGAUAACAUCACAGUACAAAUAGCUAUCUAUCGUGGACGGGCCAGGGACAGAGUCGGACUUUUUAGACUAUUAAACGCUUGUCUGGUGGAGUUUAUUUUGGGGGUGUGUGUUUGGGUUUGGAGGGUGGGGCUGCAUAAUUUACGCCUUCUCUGGACCUUUUAUCCAGUUUCACAAUCGUAUUACAGAUAAUGGUAUCAACUGUGUCGUAAUUUUGGUUUAAUGUUGUUAUUGUUAGAAAUGAAUUUCUAAUUAGUUUCUAAGUUCUGACAUCAUUAGUUGAAAUGAAGUUCCAAUAGCCUUAGUUGAAAUGUUAUUGAUUCAAAUGAAGUUCUAAUAUUAUCAAUGGAAAAGAAAAUGGUAUAUCAUUGAUUGAAAUGAAGCUCUGGUGUUAUUAGUAGAAAUGAAGCUCUAAUAAUGUUGGUUGAAAAUAAUUUCUAAUAUUAUUAUUGGUUGAGAUGACUUGCCAAGAAAUGUAAAACUACCAGCGCUUUGAGCAGCUUUGACCAGCUGAUUUUGUCAGCGCUAUAUAAAUAUACACUACCGUUUAUUGUUGUAUGAGAGAUGGUAUGAGGCUUUGAGCGGCAUUUAGCAAAUGACACACGUAAUAAACACAAAAGCAUAAUAUGGAACACAAUUGCUACUUUCAUUAAUGCGACGGUUCGUUGAGGGUUCUCUUGGCGCAACGUCGCUUUAAUUAAAAUGGUAAUUGUGUUCCCUAUAAUGUUGUUAUAUUUAUUAGCUGUCGAUUUGUUUCAUAGAACUUCAGUUGCAUCGAUUUCAGGGCAUUUGUUAAGGAAUAUGAAGCACAGGGGCAUUUGUUAAGGAAUAUGAAGCAUAAGGACAUAGAAUGUCAGAAAGGGUCUCUCCCCCAGGACGCGAAGGAAUAAUUGCAUUUUGGCACUGAUUUUAUAAAGGGCGGGGAAGAUCACAUAUUAGAAUAUUUUAUAAAGGGACGUAACCCGGUGGAAAUAUAUUGAAUGCAGGCAUUUGGAAUGUGUAUCUGAGUAUUUCUUAUACUCUCGCAGUGUUUCGUUUGAUAAGACCUAAUCAAUCUUUAAGGUAUUUCUCGGGCAGUUGCUUCAGGAAUAUGAGCGUUUCCUUAAGAACAGAAAUUCAGACUUAGCAUGUACAACAAUACCUAGAUAUUUAUUUCACAUGAACCAAUGGUUCUUGUAAAUUAGAUUAUUUAAUUUAAAAUGCUUAUUUUCGUGUUAAAAUUUGGUGUUAGGCUCUGCAUACCAUUAGAUAUCUCGACUCUGGUGUUUGAACCAAGAGUUCUCGUGAAUUAAGUUUUGAAAUUAUAAGUUAAGAUAAUUGCACAAGUAUGCUGUUAUUUUUGAAUAAAUUAUUUAAUUUAAAAAGUUUAUAUUCAUGUUAAAAUUUGGUGUAAGAGAUACAUACCAUUACAUAUUCCAACUCUGGUGUUUGAACCAAGAAUUCUCGUAAAUUAAGUAUUGAAAUUUAAUAGUUGCACAAGUAUGCUGUCAUUUUUAAAAUGCUUAUUUUCAUGUUAAAAUUUGGUGUAAGGACCAUUAGAUAUCCCCACUCUGGUGUUUGGUGUGACUCUGGGUAUUUGGUGUGAGAAAUAUAAUUUUGUUUGUUUACUUUUUUGUUUUUGUUUGUAUUUUUUUCUCGUUUUUUAAAACCUUUUUUUUUAGUUUUGUUUGUUAAUGGUUUUAAUUUAUUUAAUCACGUAUAGAAAGUGUAAGUAUAUAAAAUAGUGCUAUGUAAAAUAUAAUAAAUAAAUGACUUAUUAUAGA